UCUCAGCGUUUUGCAAAGCAAAAUGGCGGCGCGUGGCUGCGGUGGGGUUUGGUGCAGGGUAUUGCAGCGUGGCCCCGGGGGGUCUUGCUCUGCUUCCCGCCCUCGGCGGGCCGUCGCCUGCAACGCCAGAGGUGGGGCGGUGCCGUUGGGGCAGAGCGGUCUUGCUCCAUGGGCAGCAGUUGUGGGUCUGGAAAUUCAUGCGCAGAUCACUUCCAACUCAAAACUUUUCUCUGGCUCCCAAGUCCAGUUUGCAGCACCUCCUAAUUCUUUGGUAUCGUUCUUUGAUGCUUCUUUACCAGGAACUUUGCCAGUUCUCAACAGGAGAUGUGUAGAAGCAACCGUGAUGACAGGCCUGGCACUCAACUGCACCAUAAACAAGAAAUCCUUGUUUGACAGAAAACACUAUUUUUAUGCAGAUCUGCCUGCUGGCUAUCAAAUCACUCAGCAAAGAGUUCCUAUUGCGGUGAAUGGGAGUCUGUCAUACAGUCUCUGCAAAGAUAACAAAAUGAGCCAGAUGGUGACCAAAACUGUGAGGAUUAAACAAAUUCAGUUGGAGCAAGACAGUGGAAAAAGUCUCCAUGAUGAUGCAAGGAGCCAGACUCUCAUUGACUUGAACAGGGCUGGAGUCGGCCUCAUGGAGGUUGUCAUGGAGCCUGAUAUGUGCUGUGGGGAAGAAGCAGCUGCAGCAGUCAGAGAGCUUCAGCUUAUUCUUCAGACACUUGGGAGCAGCCAGGCAAUCAUGGCAGAGGGUCAGCUGAGAGUGGAUGCCAAUAUUUCUGUGCAUCACCCUGGAGAGCCUUACGGAGUAAGAACUGAAGUGAAGAAUAUCAAUAGCAUAAGAUUCCUGGCAAAAGCAGUAGACUAUGAAAUACAGAGGCAAAUUAAAGAACUUGAAAAUGGAGGAACAGUUCUGAAUGAAACAAGAGCAUUUGAUUCUAAGCUUGGGUGCACUGUACCAAUGAGAGAUAAAGAGGGAAAGCAAGAUUAUCGGUUUAUGCCAGAGCCAAAUCUUCCCCCACUGAUUCUAUACGAUGCUAAAUCUUUGCCAGCUAAUGUGAACCAUCAGCAAGUGGUAAAUAUCGAUUGGAUUCAUGAGAGACUUCCUGACCUUCCCAGUGUGAAGAGAGCAAAGCUUGUUGAACUGUAUGGGAUUCUUCCUGAACACAGCUUCACCUUAGUGAAUGAAGAUGGAUUAAUGGACUUCUUUGAAGAUGUGGUAAAACAGACUCAGAUGAAGCCAAAGAAAGUGAUCGGCUGGAUUCUGAGUGACCUACUCAGUCACUUAAAACAACAUUCCCUUACAGCAAAGGAAAGCCCCAUCAGUUCUUUUCUCCUAGCUGACCUUCUGAACCUUCUAGAAAAUGGAGACAUUUCUUCUUCAGCAGCAAAGCAGGUGUUUGAGGAAUUGUGGAAGGGAGAAGGGAAGACUCCUCUUGAAAUCGUUAAAGAAAAGCAGCUUGAACUGAUACAGGAUCAAGAAGAGCUUGAACAGAUCUGCCAGGCGGUGAUUGAUGAACGAGAAAAGGAGGUUAUGGCGAUAAAAGGAGGAAAUGAAAAAGUUAUCAAUAAAUUAAUUGGACUGGUUCGGAAAGCUACACGAGGCCGAGCCAACCCUCUUCUGGUGAAGCAAAUACUAGAGAAGAAGCUGUCAGAGUAGCCAUAAGAGAAACUCGUCCAGCUGUCUACAGAAGACGUGCUUCGUUCUGUCUGGUUUGCUGCUAAUGAACUUUGGUGCCUCCUUGUCUGUCAGGAUUGUUUUUCCCAGAUUGGUUAUGCUUCAAGGAGCAUCAUGUUCUUGCCUUUCCCAGCUGCAUCAGCCAAAGGUGGAUGAGCAAAGGACCACCUUAACAGAAGCUGGCAGUCAUUUUACAUUUCCUUCACUUCAGUGCAGCAUUCUGAAGUGUCAUAGCCGAACAAGUUCCCAGGAAAAUCUGUGAGUAUACAGAGCUAAGUUGCAUUGGUUAGUUUCUUAAUAAAGCAAGUGUGAAUUUAGCUCUUACAGCUUCCUCUUUGUCAGAAGGGAAAUUCACAGAUCUGGAAUGCAGCAGUCCAGUGGUAUAUACUAAAACUCAUUGUUAAUUAGAGUGAGUACAGUUGUAGCUAAGAUCAAAACACCUAGCAGUAAUUAAGAACAGCCACAUGUACCUCCGUGUCUAGCAGAAGGGAGAAAAAAACGCUAGUCCUCAUUCUCGGUGUCUGAGGUAGGGGAAGGGACAAAAGCAAUAGAUGUAAAUGCCAGCAGUAGACAUUAAGUGGCUGCGUAUAAUUAAUGUCAGAUUCUUUGCUUGCCUUUUCUCUGUAUGUGUCCAAACAUCUGCUUUGGCUACUCAGUGCUGUUUCAGUCCUGAACAAUUCAUAACUUAGGUUUACCUGAGCCUAGGGCUUUCUGCUGUCACUUGGAACCAUAUCCACUCAGUGGAAGUUAUUCAGAUAGCUUAUUGAGAACUGAGCAGGAUUCAGCCUGGAUCCAGGAUGUGCUCCACUUGUUACUCCUAAGGAGGUUUUUACGCCUUGUUCUGGUUUAUAACUUCCAUUUUGCAACCCAUAGCUUUAAGCGCUCUCUGAAAUCAAAGCUCCUGGAGUUAAGUUCCCAGUCCCACCUCACCAGCAUGUUUAAAUCCUUCAGCUGAUCAAACUAUUAACAGGAGUCCCAACUGGAGGCAUCCAUUCAAAUUUAGAACUAGUAGGAAAAGAAAUCCCAUUUACCAGCAGGAGUUUCUUAAAUCUCCUUUGCAGGCUGCUAAAUGAUACGUUUUAAAGACCACUUUUAUGUCAGGCCUCAGUGUUGCUUCUUCAGAAUGGUUCGUGAGGAUGUGCCUGCCUGGCGCACGCUGCCAAAAGAGUGCAGCAGGUUCAGCUCUGGGAUUUUUGUCAUCUUCUGCAGAAGUGACAUUUGCAGCACCUAGUUCAGGCUAGGUUAAUGGCAGUUAAUUCUUACAAGUGCUAACAUGUCUCAAAGAGGAUAUUUCUCUACAAACUGGCUCAUAGUUCAACUUGGAACUCUAAAUUAGAAGACAAGCAAAACGAUGCUUUUCAAACACAUGUAAUGGAUAAAUGUAUAUCCACAAUUCAAUAAAAUAACUAUACAGUUAAAGUGAUGAGGCUGUCAAAAAGAAGUAACAUACUUGCGAUCCAAAUUCCUGACCCUUAAAACAGCACAAAGCCAGAGUGUUCUUGUAGCCUGACAUUUGCACAAAAACUUUUACUGUCAGUUUCCAUAGAUAGAGAAAAUAGUGUUUUUUCCUCAUACCCAGUGGUGUAAGUUUUCAGUCAAUAGAAGGUUGACUGUAUAGUCAAUAGACUAUACAGCAAACUUUAAAUUUUAGAUCUGGAAUUCUGUUCAACUGCUGCCAUGGCAGGAAGAAACCAGAAGGCACAGGAGGUUCUGCAUGAAACCUCAAAUCCUAAUUUAGAGGUACUCCUGGGUUUAGAAAUAUACAGUUGUUUCCAGAAGGUGGUCCUCCAAGGUUAAUGCUUUCUGUUGCACAGCUUGAUGCUGCUGUGCCAAGCUUAUCCAUUAGAACAGUGGCUGCCCCUUCAAAAAUAAAUAAAUAGAUAAAGGAAAAUCCCAACGUGGUAUUUGGAACAGUAAUAAUUAAGCUGUCUGUAAGAGAGGGAAGGAUCUCCCCUAGUGUAGCAUGGCCAGUACUAGUAUAUGUCUUUCUUCAAUGGCUACUGCUUCUUAGCCACUCCUUACCUAAAUAAAUACACUUUGCUAAUAUAGUACAAAAUCUGUUAAAAAUCAUGAGCCAAGUUCUAUACGAGUAUAGCAUUGGAUUUACUAUAAAUCUCAAUCUGUUUUCAAAUGGAUAACAUGGAAGAUAAAUCAUUGUAAUAUUCUUCUCCUUCAAGGGAAGGUAAAGAUCAGCCAUUGUCUAUAAAUUUUGAACUAUAUUAAAAACCAGUCACUUGUUGAAUUUUGAAGCAAGUCUUUUGCAGACGCACAAAAUGUAAAUUUCUUUCUGAUGCAAAAUAGUGUUUUGAGUCAAAGGAGUUGAAGAUGGUUAAUCUUUUUAACAUUUGUGGAGGUACCGGCUAUGGAGGUAAAAGUGGUUUUGGUUGAUGGCAAUAGAAUGUAGAGAUGAGAAAGGGCAGCGUGGCUGGUUUGCUUGAUUCUGACUCUCACAGCAUCAGCCCUGUUACACAACCCCGACUGAAUGAAUACAAUCAAGACAUGAGCCUUCGCUGCUGGCCAAGGGCCUGAAACACCAGCCCAGAUACCACAGCCACCACCGUUCUGUGUCCUACAUGGAGCUUAAGGUAAAUCCUAAACAAACACUCCACAAAUAAAUGCUAUACAACAGCCUUGGCUUAGCUUCGUGUAGCAGUAAUCUGCAGAACAUGUUAAAAGACAGAAGCAGCUUCUUAGAAUUUAGUAUCUGCUACUGUAAAGACAAAUAUCAAAAAACCACCGACCCCCAAAACCACAGAACAGGUGGGUCCAGCAAGAUCAGAUGGGGCGUCUGACCACAAACCAUUCAGUAUCAGAAGAUUUUGCUGACCCACAGGUUGCUUUAGCAUGCUUGUAGCUUGGAACUUGAGAAUUAAGAUGGAGACUUUGACCCUAGCUGGUAAAUCUUAUUUAGUUACAGCAGUUCUCCCCUAGCUUCUGACUGGAGAUGCCAUCUGUGCAAUAGCCAUCAGGCAGGGUGAAUUAAGGACAGUUUUGUGCAGAUUUUCAGCAGUAGCCGUUCACAACCAGAGGGCCAAGGAAAGCGCUCACAAAUUAAUAGCUGACACCAGACACUGCCAUGACAAUCUCAUCGCAUCGUUGAUGGAAGUCCUUUGGGAGGUCACCCCUGAGGCAGAGAGAUGAUACUUGCUGUCCUGUACAGCUGAGGUAUCCCUUACCCAAGGUUGCAGAAGAGGACGAGAAAGUUGACAAAAAAGAUGCUGGCAAUA